AUGGGUAAUUCACAAACAAAAGAAUCCCGACCGUCGCUUUCAUCUUCCAAUCGCCGGGGCCACCAAUGGGGCUCUUCCAGCAGUCAUGGACGAUCCCCAUAUGGCGACCGGCAUCAUGCGGAAGGCUCACGGUCGCGAGGUAGUAGACCGGAUCUCUCGAUGUUCGGAAUUGGCGGAAGCUCCGACAGGGAUGUGGCUACCUUGGAGCAUCGGCGAGAAACAAAACAGGAACGAGAAGCUCGUCGGCUGGAAAAGGAACGGGUGGCUCGGCUUAAGGAAAGAGAGCGUAGCAUGAGGGAAGAGCAUGUCGAUGGGGGGUAUUUGGUGACCCAGGGCGUAUAUGUGGGCACUGAGGAUUUCAACAAGGCUGUGACUCGACAAUUGAUGAUUGAAAGAAGACUAGCACCUUUCUGGAGAGGGUUGAAUGACUUCUCCGAUUCAUGGACGGAACAUCAACUCAUGGCAGCCGCGCGCGGUCUACCCAUUCCGCCCCCCGAUGAGAUUCCUCCAGAACUGGAAUAUAAGAAUCCCCCAAGAUCGACCGAAGAAGCAAAAGAGUCGACAAUCCAACACCUGAUGGUGCCGAUCACGUCAAGGUCGCAAUCGUAUGGAUCGGAAGCCUCACAAUCGUCCACACCGACCCAUUCCCUACCCUCUCCCACAUCUCCGUUCGCUUCCGGUACUUCAAGUUCACCAUUAUUCCGAACGCGCGCCAAAACUCUGGCCUCUCUUACCUCAUCUAGACACGGUUCGCAAGUCGAUGCGGGCCCUAAGGAGAUACAACUCCCCAAGGACCCCUUUGUCAAUGGACAGCCCAUCGAGGCUUACCUUUACAAGGAUGCCACGGAGUGUCCGAUUUGCUUUCUUUAUUACCCGCCUUAUCUCAACCGCACGAGAUGUUGCGAUCAACCUAUUUGCUCUGAGUGCUUUGUUCAGAUCAAACGCCCGGAUCCCCAUCCGCCAGAGCAUGGAGAGACCGACUCAAAUGCCGCUAACUCAACGUCGGAUAGGGAUCGCCAGGAGAGUCAAGACGGCCAACUAGUAUCUGGGCCAGCCGCAUGCCCGUUUUGUGUGCAGCCUGAAUUCGGUGUCACAUAUGCGCCUCCGCCUUUCCGCCGUGGCCUGGUAUACGCGACCGAUUCCAGUCUUCGCCCAACCUUCGCUUCCCCCGUGUCGUCCUCGUCAUCUCUGUCAUCUGCAAACCCACCUGCCAUCACUGGCCGUCGACGCGCUACUUCGUUGUCUGCGAACGACCCAACGGUCAUUACAACAGAUCGAAUCCGCCCUGAUUGGGCGCAAAAGCUAGCCAAUGCCCGAGCCCAUGCGGCACGAAGAUCGGCUGCAGCGACCGCUCUGCAUACCGCGGCAUACCUGAUGAAUACAAACUCGUCUGGAAACGAAAGCCGUAAUUUCAGUUUGGGCCGAAGAGGUGUGAUGCGAAGGACGGGUACGUCAGAGAACCAGAGCGUCUCGAAUCGAUCAGGUUCUCCUGCGUUGCAGGCGCUUGCGUUCCUGACUGACCGACGUGCCGUGGGGCCUGAGACGGAUUUCGCGGAAGAAGGCGGUGGCAAUAUGGCGCCCCCACGCAACAGUUCGCGACGCAAUCGAAUUGAUGAUUUGGAGGAGAUGAUGAUGAUGGAGGCGAUCCGGUUGAGCUUGGCUAGUGAAGAGGAGCGGCGCAGGAAAGAGGAAAAAGAAGCCAAAAAAGAAGCGAAGCGGCGAGAAAAGGAGAGCAAGAAGGCUGAAAAGGCUGCGCGCAAGCUGGGGGUCUACAGUAACAAUGCGAGUAGCUCCGCCUUGGACGUCCUUUCCGACCCCCGACACGGCAAGGGUAGUAGCAGCUCCUCCUCGAUGACUGGCGAGGACACGGCUUGUGGUAAGGGAAAGGAAGUCGAGCGCAUGCCUCCUUCUACCACCAAUGCUACCGCGUCGCCAAGCAGCCUUGAGAUUCCCUCUGACGCGGCCAAUUCGUCGCCGGUCGCUCAUGUCAUCGAACCCGGCUCGAGCGCGCAAGCUGCUACCACCCAGUCCCUCGCCCGAGAGCUACCGAAACCAUCUCAUCUGCGGCACGUCUCCAGCGCAUCAUCAUCCUUUUCGUCGCUCGUUGACUCAACACCGGACGACCCCACUGGGGCUUAUGAUGGGAGUGCCACAGCCACGGAGCCGAUGUUCAACUUCCGCAGCUUAGCGGCCGUGAUUGGCGAUGAGGACAAAGGGGUUGAGUCCACCGAGCAUGUCGAGGAUACAUCGUCCCGGGCCACUGUAGCGAGCUCUGCUUCGGGUGUUGCACCCUCGGCGACUGAGACAUCCGGCGCACCCGCCACCGGGGUUGAGCCGGUGUCAGUAGAGACCAUUACCGAGAAUGGAGAUUGUCUGAUGCCCAAAGAGCUGGAGACGCGGUCGGUGGAAAUCACUCACACUGCACCGAAUACGGAGGCCACCUCUUGA